AUGGCAAACCAUGACUUAGGUGGUACACUUUGGGGAACGAUAGAUUCUUCCUUAACAUCGAAUCUCCUUGAGAAGAUAACGACUUCUUUAGAAUGUUCUAUUUGUUCCGAGAUUAUGGUUGUACCAAUGACUAGCGAAUGUGGUCAUUCUUUUUGCUACGACUGUAUACAUCAAUGGUUUAAAAAUAAGAUAAACUGUCCCUCAUGUCGUCAUGAGAUUGAAGCAAGGCCCGCAUUGAAUCAGAAGCUAAAUGAAAUCUGCAAGACAGUUGUUGAUAUGCUUAUAGAGACAAAAUUAGAGCCCAACAGUGAUGCGCUUUCUCUGCGAAAACGUGAAUGUACUGAAAGAUAUGACACACACGUCAAGCAGAAACAGAUAUUUGGCAAUUUGUUUUCUACCACCACCGUUACUACUAUUGACAAAUCUGAUGGAGUGCCGCGUUGCGGUAAUUGUCAUUGGGAGGCGCAUGGCUCGGUGUGUUUGCAUUGUGGAACGCGAUUUAGGAUGCCAUUAGAUAGUGAUGAGGAAGAAGAUUUAGAGGAUUAUUAUGAAGAUGUGCGUUCCAUCAAUGAUGGAUCAGGGGAAGUUGAGGAUGCAUAUGACUCCGACGACAGUUUUAUAGACUCGCGAACACGUGAGGAGAUCUUUCAUGAGAUGGAGGAAGCUGGGCGCCGACAUUACGAUACUGAUGAUUUGAGUGUUUUAUCUUCGGACGAAGAAGCUCGCAACAGAAGUUCAGCUACUGAUGAAUGGAAUGGGUUUGAAAGUGCAUCUUCUAGUAAUGUUGAGAGUGGAAGCAGGAGGCUGCGUGUGUUGGGUGUAAACAGCGGCGAUAAUGAUGAUGAUGAUGACGAAGAUGGUGACUAUCAAGAUACUGAUUCGGACCAUGUAUACCGCAGGAGACCACGACAUGGUCAAGGCAAUCCUCGUAUAUCUCGGCUAACUAUAGAUUCCGACGACGAAGAAGAUGGUGAUGGUGGUGAUCUGGAUGUCGAUGAAGGUGGUAACUUUAUACUUCUGGAUCAUGAUCACUUUGCACGACAGGGUUACGAUUCGGAGGAUUUGACAGAUGCAUUGGCCGAGUUUAAUGAUGAUAAUUUAAAUGAAUUUGGAUUGGAGCAAGAAAGCGAUGAUGAAUUUGCAUUUGAUGCUGAAAAUGAAGAAGACAGUGAAAGAUUCGAAGGUUUUGGAAGCGACGAGGAUGCGUAUCUAGAAGAAGAAGAAGAAGAAGAAGAAGAAGAUAUAGACAGGCAUGAUUAUGAGGAAGAUGUAUCUGAUCAUGGGAAUUGGUGA